GAGUGUUGAGCGCUACGCGUCGCCCCUUCGACGUUGACCCUGCCACUUGUCUCACACCGUUUGCUGAUGGUGCAUCGUCCACAGCCUCGCCAGUAUCGAUUACCGCACAGGAUAGAAAGGGACUCGUCCAGAAUAUUUUGGACGAUAUCGAGGCGGACGCGAUUUCAAAGAAAGAUCAUAGGCGUUUCUGCGCGUUAUCUGUGUUGAGGGUUCUGCGAUGGGACAGUGUUGAGAACUCGAAUCCGGAUGCCGUGCCUCGGUUCCUUGCGCUGCCUCUCAACGAUCGAACGCCCAGGACCUGCGCACACCUCGCUUCCUCGCAGAACCCAUCUGCGGUCUCUGGAGAGGCAUUACGUUGUGUCGCGAAUGCAUUGUUGCUCGUGGACGCCGGUCGCGAUGCCUGGUUAGACGUCGGCGGCGGCCAACUCUGUCUUCAGUAUCUACAGGAUCCGAAGACGAGUGAAGAGUUUUCUUUCCUGGUGGGAAGGAUCUUGUUCCUGACUACGCUCAAACAAUGUCCGUUCCUCAAGGAGUGUGCCGAGGAUGAAAAGAUUAUAGAGAGUAUCGCCAAGCGAUGUGAUAUGCUAUUAGAUGCGAAUGUUUCAGGAGUUCCCUUCGCCAAGGACGCGUUAACGGACACUCUCAAAUUUGUAUUCAACCUAAUGCUCCAAUACCCACGAAUGAUCGAUACCGAAGGCAGUCAAAAGGUUUUGGUCACGCCUUUGGUCCGAAUGUUUACGGCACUACCGGUCUCUAAACCACCUCUGGUUGCACCAUUGACUCACGACAUACACGCGCUCCUUAAUAUUCCCGUUAUUCAAUAUGCCGACAAGUUUUUCCCUCCUGUCAGCUCUUCAGAUAAGAACAGUAAAGGCAAGAAGAGAGCGGAAACCCCACCUGGAACGUCUCUCAAUGGCACAGUCAAGGAAGGAAAGUCACCAAGUUCAUUCGUGACGGAUCCGUUCCAACGGGCCAUGUCUCUAUUAUCGUCCCAACGAAAAUCAUUUGGAGGUGGGCCUAAACCGGAUCCGCCCAGAAGGUCUACCAGUUCGACUUCAGCCUCAAGUUCGCACUCGCCGUCGAGAAGUGGGAAUGGGUCCGAGUUACCGACACCUGCCCGGGCGAGAUCAUCCUCUCCGACUUCGAGCACACGUACAAGUAAUGGCAGCUCUUCCAGUUCAACAACGAAUUACCAGAUUGUCAAUCAUGCGUGUGCCAUGCUCGACUUGACGUUGUCGACGUAUUGGCCGGACAAGACCGAAGCCGACUCCCCCUCUGUCCGAUCCAAGGCCAAACAAGAGGGCAUGAAUUUGGACGAGAAUAUCACCCCACUUGCAGCUCUAUUGGUUCGACUGGCUGAGCAUCCGGGUGCGAGAGUCGAGUUGCGAAACUGGAUCUUGCCCGAGAAUCUAGACCGAUCAGAGGCUCUUGAAGGACGGGGGGAUACGUUGGGGCGGAUCCUGCGUAUCAUGAGUUGUGUAUACUAUCCUCGCCUCAAAGACGCACUUGGGGAAUUCAUGUACACAAUUUGUGAUUCGGAUGGAUCGAUCUUGUCGGCACAAAUUGGGUAUGGGAAUGCCGCCGGGUACUUGUUCAACAAGGGUAUCCUCUCUGGCCCACCUCCACCUCCUUCAUCUUCAGGUUCGAGUGGUGGGUCAGGAGCGGCUUCCUCGAUUCCGGACAACGUCAAUCCGAUCACGGGCGCAAUCAACCGAGAAGUAGAAGACGAUGGUCCCGAGAUGACGGAGGAAGAAAAAGAGAGAGAGGCGGAGAAAUUGUUUGUCUUGUUUGAUCGACUGGAAAAAUCGGGUAUGGUCGCUGAGAACCCAGUGCGCAAGGCGAUUCAAGAGGGCAAGAUCUCGAUGGGUCCGUUUGGGCCAUGA